GGUCGUGCCUGGCGCAGCUGCUCGAAGCGCGGCGGGUGCUGCGCAUCCUCCCCACCCCUCCUGCCCUCCUUCUCUCCUCCCCCUCCCCUCCUUUGCUCCCCCCCUUUCCCUCUCCCCGAUGCCCCCCCGCGCCAUGGCGUGGCCCGCCGCGGCCGCCGCGGGGGCCCGGCAGGCGUGUCUCUCCCGCCGGCGCGGGCCAAGGCGGCCUCUCGGCCCUGCAGGCCGCCGGGGGCCCACGAGGCACCCGCUGGCGCUGCUGGCUCUGCCGGCGCUGCUGUCCACUGCGGACCCGCCAGACGCGGGCGCUUUCUGCGCCGCGCGGUUGGGGCAGCCCGCGUGCGCGGACGGGCGGGCGACGGGCACGAUUAACCCAGCCCUCCCGGCAGGGUGCAGGCCGCCCUCUCGGGCGGCUACGCCCACGCCAUCUCGCAGAACAAGGGCCCCAAGCGAGGUGAGGAUGUCAUCGUCACCUCUGGCAGCAACGGCGUCUACAACGUGUCCCUGCUGAUGGACGGCCACGGCGGGCAGGGCGUGGUCAGGCACGCCGGGCAGCACCUGCAAGAGGAGCUGCUGCGCCUGUGCGGGGCGGAGGCAGCCGGGGCAUGGCCCGAGUGCGCGCGGGCGGCCUUCGUGGGCUUCCAGGACGAGGUGCGGCGGAAGAGGUUGAGGGGCGGGGCCACCGCCGUCGCCAUCUUCCUGCGGGCGGAUGGGUCCCAGGCCGCGUUCGCGUGGGUCGGGGACUCGUCCGCGGUGGUCAUCCGCGGGGGCGACGUGCUGUUCCGGACGACCAAGCACUCCCUGGACAACGCGGACGAGGUGGCCCGGAUCAAGGCUGGCGACUACCGGUACUUCAUGGACGACGGCUACCUCUGCACCCCUCGCGGCCGCUGCGUGGCGCCCACGCGGGCGCUUGGCGACAUUGAGAUGGAGAGCGCGGGCCUCAUCUCCACGCCGGAGGCGAGCGAGUGGAUAGACCUGCAGCCGGGCGACAUUAUCAUCGCGGCCUCCGACGGCAUUUGGGACGUCCUGCCGGAGGAGCCUGUCGUGAGGCACCUGGCGAAGAUGCCGCUGGAGGCAGACCUCGUCCAGGCCGCCUCGGGUCUCGCCGAGACCGCGGUGCGCGAGUGGACCCGGCAGUACGGGCGGGCUUCGGAGGCGGACGACAUCAGCGUCCUGCUGUACCGACACCCGCCGCAGGCGGAGUGAGGAAGCAUCGGGUGCCUGCGUCGAGCUCCUCUCGGCGGCGAGCCUCGGAGGAGGAAAA